ACGUGUAUGACUCUUAAUCCAAGUAUCCAACCCUUUUAUUUUACCAACCAUGAGAGCCAUAAAUGAACGUAAUCCUCUCCCUCCACCUCUCAAACAAAACCCAAUUCUCUUCGCAUCAGUCCAUUGUCUUCUCCGCUCCAAUCUUUGAUCCAAACCCAACAAAAUUAAGGCAUAUUUGUGCCACCCGCUUGUUCAAAAUCGGAAUGGCCACGAGGUGGGUCGAUCUGAAUUCGUCCGAUUUCACAUACGUUGUUUGAUCUGUAUAAUCAGUUUUCAUUUCUGGGUUUUAUUCAAAUGAUCUGUUUCCAUACCCCAGUCUCGGUUGAUCAACAGAUAGACAUGUCUAAUUCCGUAAAUCCAACCGAUCUUUGUCCCAAAUUGAGGCACAAAAAGGCACCCAAUUCGCCCAAUCACUUGGGCAUCUGCCAACAGUCUCGAUGGGCUGCCAUCGAUGUGUUAAUCUUGAUUGCAGUGAUCAGUGCUUCGGGGUUUUUACUAAUCCCCCAUAUAAAGCUUUUAACUUUCCACACUAUUGCAAUUGUUAGAGGUCUAGCUUUCGCGGUGAGGGAGGAGGUUUUUGGGGCCCCUAUUAUUUAUGGGUGUUUGGGGGUAAGUAUUUUGUGCACAGUGGUGGCUGUAUUGGGAAUCACAGUGUGUUUGAGUAGGAAAUGUGGGAGGCCGGGUUGCCGUGGGCUGCGUAUGGGGGGGAAAUUCGAUAUCCAGCUUGAGACGGAGGAGAGUUUGAAGAAUUCGAGUAGUUCUUUGGGGAGAGAUGGUGUUAAGAAAGGAGUGUUCGAAUUGGCGCGCGAUCACCACAAAGAGUUGGAAUCUGAGCUAAGGAAGAUGGCACCACCUAAUGGAAGAGCUGUUCUUUUGUUUAGGGGGAGGUGUGGGUGUUCUGUUGGCAGGAUGGAGGUUCCGGGACCAAGGAAGCCGCCGCGAAAGGUUAAAAAUUAGAGUGCUCAUAUGGUUUUUACUCUUACUUAUAGGAAGCAUGUUCGAUAUUUGAUACUGGAUACUGGAUCAUCUUCUUUGACAUAUGUCGUUCUUGAAGUAAGGUCAUGGGAAUAAGUUGGAAGGAUGGUUAUGAUUGGGUGGAUACUAAAUAAGAAUCCUUGCUUUCACCAA